CCUUAUUACUCCAAAAAAACAUUUAAGUAAGACAAUUUUGAUGGAUAGCAUGCAACUUCCAUUUUUCCUACUACUUGAUAAUUGAUGCUGAGCUUAACAAAUCUCUUGGAAUAACAAAUAGUCUAGUCAUCUCACAAAAUAACAAUAAUCACAACUAGAGUCAUAUGGCGGAAAUGGUGGUGUCUUUAGUUAUUGACCAACUAGUUCCAUUGUUAAGGGAUGAAGCCAAGCUGUUGAGAGGCGUUCACAAGGAAUUUGCAGACCUUAAAGAUGAACUUGAAAGCAUCCAAGCCUUCCUCAAAGAUGCUGAUAGAAGAGCUGCAGCUGAUGGGGACAACACUAGUGAAGGAGUCAAAACAUGGGUGAAGCAACUUAGGGUAGCAGCUUUUCGCAUAGAAGAUAUCAUUGAUGAGUAUAUGAUCCAUGUAGGACAGCAGCCUCGUGAUCCUGGAUGUGUAGCUAUACUUGAUAAGAUUGCUCACUUACUCAAAACUAUGACCCCUCGCCAUCGAAUAGCAGCUGAGAUUCAAGAUGUUAAGUCAUCUGUUCGUGGGAUCAAGGAAAGAAGUGAACGAUAUGGCUUCCAACCUUCUUUUGAACAAGGAUCAAGCAGUUCAAGAGAAAACCGAAAUGCCAAAUGGCACGACCCUCGAGUUGCUGCUCUUUACAUUGAGGAAGCUGAUGUUGUGGGAUUCAAAGCACCAAGAAAAAGAUUGAUUGAUUGGAUGGUAAAGGGAACGGAAGAGCGCACUGUAGUUUCGGUGGUAGGAAUGGGAGGGCAAGGAAAAACAACUCUAGCCAAGAGAGUUUUUGACAGCAAGGAUGUAAUUGGACACUUUGAUUGUCAUGUUUGGAUCACAGUGUCGCAGUCCUAUAAUGUUGAAGGGAUUUUGAGGGACAUGUUGCGAAAGCUUCACCAACAAAAAGGGAGCAGUCCUCCUAUGAACAUUUCUGAAAUGGAUAGAGAUUCAUUGACGGAUGAAGUGAGAAAAUACUUGCGCCAAAAGAGGUACAUUGUGGUGUUUGACGAUAUUUGGAGCAAACAUUUUUGGGAAUAUUUUCAAUUUGCUGUAUUUGAUAAUAAAAAAGGAAGUAGGAUACUUAUAACAACAAGGAACCUGGAUGUUGCGGUGUCAAAAUCUUCUUCCAUUGAGUUGCAUGGUUUAACUCCUGAGGAGUCUUUGGAGUUGCUCAAUAAGAAGGUAUUCAAAUUUGAUUGUGAUGGGUGUUGUCCAAAAGAGCUCAUUGGUAUAGCUAAUGACAUUGUUAAAAAAUGCAAUGGUUUACCGCUAGCAAUUGUUGCCAUAGGUGGCCUUUUAUCUACAAUAGAGAAUAGUGUGUUUGAGUGGCAGAGAUUUAGAGAACAUCUGAAUUCAGAGCUAAAGACAAAUGCACAUCUAAUUGGGAUAGAAAAAAUUUUAAGUUUAAGUUAUGAUGAUUUGCCUUACUAUCUCAAGUCAUGCUUGUUGUACUUUGGAGUAUAUCCAGAAGAUUAUGAAGUUAAAUCGAAGAGAGUGACUCGACAAUGGAUAGCUGAAGGGUUUGUGAAGGAGGAAAAGGGGAAGACUUUGGACGAAGUGGCAGAAGGAUAUUUAACAGAGUUGAUCCAUAGAAGCCUGGUUCAAGUAUCCUCGCUUAGAAUUGAUGGCAAAACUAAAGGUUGUCGUGUUCAUGAUCUAAUACGUGAUAUGAUCCUUGCAAAGAAUGAGGAUUUUAAUUUUUGCAAGCAUAUUAGUGAUGAUGGACAGACAUCCUUAGGUGGAAUAGUUCGGCGCCUAUCAAUAACAACCAUUGACGAUGUUUUGAGGGAGUGCAUUGAUCAAUCUCAUGUUCGGUCACUAUUUUUUUUUGGAAAUAAAGUAAUAUCCUUGAAAUUGUUAGUUUCAGUAGAAAUCCCUACAAAGUACAAGUUAUUGAAGGUUGUUGAUUUGGAAGAUGUUUUCAACAAUAUUCCUAAUAACUUGGGAAAUUUCACCCACUUAAAGUAUUUAAGUAUGCAUUUGAAGAUCACAAUUGAUGAAGUCCCAAAAUCCAUUGGCAUGCUCCAGAACCUAGAGACAUUGGUUCUAAGGGGUUUCGGUGUUUUUGAGUUGCCAAAGGAGAUUAGAAAGCUUAGAAAGCUAAGGCACCUUAUCGGGUACCGACUAUCUUUGAUUCAAUUAAAGGAUGGUAUUGGAGAGAUGAAGUCCCUACAAACUCUGCGUCGUGUUUCUUUAGAUAUGGAUGGAGCAGCGGAGGUAAUUAAAGCGUUAGGAAAGCUGAAGCUGAUAAGGGAUUUGGGGUUGGUUGAUGUUCCUAAGGAAAAUGAAAGCAUUUUAUCUUCCUCAAUCAAAGAAAUGCAGCAAUUGGAGAAACUAAGAGUUCUUAAUUUUAAAGAUGAUAACUUUGUUGAUUUGAAUUUGAUUUCACUGCCAACUAUGCUUCAAAAACUUAUACUACAAGGGCCGUUAAAGGAGUUUCCAAAAUGGAUGUUAGAUCUACAAAAUCUUACUGUGUUGAGGUUGGCGUGGCCGUGUUCAGAUAAAGAUCCAUUGCAAUCACUAAAAAGUUUGCAACACUUGUUGAGCUUGUACUUAGACCUGAGUGAGUAUGAAGGUUUACAAUUGCAUUUUCAAGAUGGAUGGUUUCAGAAAUUAAAGGGACUGGUGGUUUUAUAUUCAUCUAGAGUGAGAGAAAUUAUUAUCGAUAAAGGAUCAAUGCCUUCUUUGAAAAUUCUUAAGGUAAUAAAAUUUCCUAAUCUGAAGAAUAUACCCACUGGCAUCCAACACUUGGAGAAGCUUGAAUUUAUCUAUAUUACCGAGGUGGAUGAUAAAAUUGAGAAGCGCAGUUCUGCUGAGGAUUGGAAUUGGAUCAUGGAGCAUGUGCCCUCUGUAACAAUUUAUUCUAAUGAACUUCAGGGAGUUAGAAAUCUGGCUCUAUCAUACUCCAGGUGAUGGACUUCAACUUGGAGUGCAGUGGCAAUUCAGAUUCUCCACGUGGACUUUUUACUACAUCACUUUGAGAUUUGUGUUUAUCAACAAAUAAAUAAAAUGUGUGAUUGUUCUUUAACAUUGGUGUAUUAAAUACCUAAAUUGUUGCUUUCCAGUAUUGUGAGACCUUAUUUUUCUGUCGAUUUCCUUUCUAUGUUGGUGUAUUAAAAAUUAAGUUUUAUGUAAUUUUUAU